GACAUUUUUCAGGAUUUCAGUCUUCAGUUUUCCCAAGAUUUUUACGAAUUUUACAGGCAUCUCGGUCUAUUUUAGGACGAAUGAGUGAUAACAAAUUCAUGAAAUUAUUUAUUCAAAUUUCAUACGCGUCGGCCGUGUGCUUUCGAUAGUUGUUUAUGAUGUCGGUUUGAUUUUUAUUUCCAUACAGCGGGCUUCUAUAGUUUCGCAAAAAGCUAAUAAAAUUUCGAUCAUUUAAUAUGAAAUGGAAGAACAAUACUUGGAAAGGAAGAUGGUUGUACAUGCUUCUAUUGUUAGCAUUGAUUCCGAUUGUUAUUGCUCAGAAGAUUGGCGAUCCAUACAAAAUACUUGGGAUUCAUAGAAAAGCUACUCUGGUGGAAAUACGAAAAGCUUACAGGCAGCUCGCUAAAGAAUGGCACCCAGAUAAAAAUGAAGAUCCCAAUGCUGAAGCGAGAUUUGUUGAGAUCAAGCAGGCUUAUGAGCUGCUCUCAGACACGGAGAGGCGGCAGGCCUAUGACCUGUAUGGCAUCACCAAUGAGGAUGACCACAUGUAUAAACAGCGUCAUGAUUACAGCAAAUAUGCUCGGUUUAGCAAUGAUCCAUUUGACUUCUUCAGUACACAUUUUCGAACACAAGACCAUGAUAUAACAGUGUUCCACAAAUUGUCAGUUACUACAAGACACUUUGAGAACAACAUACUAGAGAAGAGUGUGCACACACCAGCUCUCGUCCUGUUCUACACGGACUGGUGCUUCGACUGUCUCCGCUCCACCACUGCGUGGCGACGGCUGGUGGAGGCGCUGCAGCCGCUCGGCAUGACGCUGGCCACCGUCCAUGCCGCCCACGAGUCAAACCUGGCCCGCCGUAUCGGGGUCCAUGGACUCCCCUGCCUCGCAUUCAUACUGGAUAAGCAGAUAUACCUGUAUAAGGAUGGGCUAGGAUCUCUGCCUAAGAUUUUAGAUUUCAUAAGAUGGAAGUUCCCGUACAAGAUGGUGAAGAGCCUGAACGACAACAACAUGGAGCCGUGGCUGAGCGACUUCGACGACAACAAGGUGAAGGCGGUGAUCUUCGAGGACCGCCAGCUCAUCCGCCUGCGGUACCUCGUCACUGCCUUCUACUACCGCGAGAGAGUGUCCUUCGCGUUCGUGGACGUGUCCGCACCCGACACGGUGGUGCUACGGGCGCGGUACGGCGUGUCGCGGCGGCUGGACAGCAUGGUGGUGCUGAAGGAGGACCGCGCGGAGCCCGCCGCAGCCGUCGCCACCGCCGAGAUACCCACGCACACCCUCAGAGACCUCAUCGACGCCAACGCGCUGCUGGUGCUGCCCCGGCUGUCCUCACAGUCCGUCCUGGAGGCUGUGUGCCCGGUGGAGUGGCGCGCGGCGCGACGUCGGCUGUGCUGCGUGCUGGUGGCGGCGCCGGGCUCCCCCGCGCUCCCCCCGCUGCGCGCGCUCGCCCGCUCCGCCCCCGACCGCCUGAGAUACGCCUACCUCUCGCAGCGAACGCAGUAUGACUUCCUGCAGGCGCUCGCCAACGCCUCCGGCUUAGAUACCGCUUCGCUGGAGCACCGUAUAGUAGUGCUGUGGCGGCGCGAGAGCACGCGCGUGCAGUACGAAUGGCUGAACGAGACGUGGCCGGUGUGCGGCGCGGGGGGCGGGGCCGGGGGCGGGGCGGGCUGCGGCGAGGACGAGGCGCGGUACCAGGAGCAACUCAACGCCACGCGCCGCGCGUUAGACGCACUCGUGAGACGGCUCCUGCAGCCCUCCGCUACUGGAGCAUACGAGGCGCGCGUGGCGGAGCUGGCGGACGAGGCGGCGCGCGGCGCGGUGUGGCGCGGGCUGGCGCGCGCGGCGGAGUGGGCGGAGCGGGCGCUGGCGGCGCUGCGCACGCACCACGCCCUCUCCGCCGCCUCCGUGCUCGCUACCGUGCUGCUAGUGCUCGCUGUUGCCUACCUCAUGGCGUACCUCGUGCGUAUCGAGGAGGAGUCUGUGCAGCGCGCGAAGGAGGAGCGACGUCGCGCGAGCGGCGGCAAGCGCGCCGACCCGCCCCCCGAGAUGCGCCUGCACGAGCUGCGCGCUGAGAAGUACAACGGCCUCGUCAGGUUGCAGAAGCCGGGCUGCCGUACUAUCGUGCUGCUGGUGGACUCGCAGAGCAAGGUGCAGCUGCUCUCCAAGUUCCACAAGAUCGUGUGGCCGUAUCGCAAGAACAAGACGCUAGUGUGGGCGUACCUGUGCGUGGAGCGUCACGUGUGCUGGUUCGGGCGCGUGCUGCAGGCGUGCGGCGCGGGUGCGGGGGGCGGGGCCGAGCUGCGGGUGAACGCGCGCAACGCCGUCGGCACGGUGCUCGCGCUCAACCCCCACCGCAAAUACUUCUGCAUCUACCACGCUAAACAUCCGGAGUGCGCGAAGCCGCAUAAGCGUAUGUCCCGCAUGACGCGGUCGCUGGGCGGGCGCGCGCGCGACCCGGAGGCGGGCGCGUUCAUCGGCUUCACCACCGACCCCGACUCCUCCGACGACGACUACGAUCCGCCGCUGCUGUUGCAAGAGAACCUGCUGGAUGGUCUGGAGAACUGGCUGGACCGGCUGUUCGAGGGCAGCACGCACCGCUACUACGUCAACUACUGGCCCGACAUGACCACCAAGUGAACGUAUACGCCCUCCGCCCGCCGCCCGUCGCCCGCCGGACGAUUGCAGUCUCAAUGGAAAAUGUUGCGUUGGAUUCGAUAUAAGGCGGUUUAAAAUUUUCUAACUAACCUCUCAAUAAUGGUCUAAACAUAAACGAUAUCGUUAGGACGCUGAACACGUUGAAAUUCGUACACUGAUAUAGAUCAAAUCAGAUCAGUGUCACUUUCACUCGCACACGAAAAUAUAGCUUAAACCUACCUAGGCAAAUUAAAUUCUACGUACUCCGUGACCCAACUAAAGCGAUGGCAGAAGGCCUUUAGCGAGUUUCCAUUGAGACUGCAAGCAGAUUCGGGCGCGAUUCCCUGAUCAAGCGUUUUGUUUAUAAUGCCGUGGACUACUUCGUCGCGUCUCUAAUGUGACACAUUUUUGUCCGUUAAAGAUAGGACUUGUACCCAAGCGAAUAUACUGCCCUAAAAUAUUUACCCCUUACUGAUAAAAAUAUUUAUGCAAUAGAUAUGUUAUACAAUGUAUUAUCCUUGUCAGAUAUAUUAAAAAAUCGAAAUACAAAGAAAUCAUCGUGUGGCUUAUUGAUCGUGUAACUGUUUUUAUUAGUAAGAGGGAUUAUGUAUUGCUAAGUUUGACCACUCGUAGAUUUUCAUUCGCUCUCUCGCUUUGUAAAAUUGCAAGGAUAGCCGGAAUUCUGUCCAGAUGAUGCAAUUUACGUGUGUAGAACGAUCAAACUGGGACUUGGGAGCGAUACCGCACGUAAAUCGCAUCAUCUAGACAACGCGUAAAACCAAACAUUUGAAUUCUCGUAAGUUUUUGUCAGACCGUUAUCGUUUUAAAAAUCGUCUAUGCCGCGUUUCUCAUACCUCCGAUGUCGCUUCAAUCUAAGACUUGGUUCACACGGCACAAUCCUGCACGUUUUUUGCAGCAUCUUUUCUUAACAUUCAUACAUCGAUUGUACUGCAACAAAUCGUGCAGUACAAUC